AUGAGCAAGCGAACAAAGAGCCGCGUGAGACUGCAGGCCGCCGAAGAAGGAGCAGAACCUCUGUCGCCGCACGAAACGCCGGCGUCUCCUCUCAGCUCUUCAGCUUGGCCGAGCGGCGCCGCGCAGAACGCACGCCGCCUGCGAGCUCCGCCACCCCAGUCGGGAGGCGAGACUUCUUCGUUUGGAGGUUUUGGCGGAAGGCCAGAAGAAGGAGAGAGCGAGAGGCAGAAGCGAACCGCAAAGUCCGUUUUCCACGUCGAACUGCCUGACGAGCAGCGCUCGCCCGUUCUCCAGGCUGCGUCUUCGGUCUCCGCCCAGGUUCGGCUUAUACACGAGCAACGAGCGCAAGUCAAGCGUUUGAAGAAGCGGCAAGUGGCGCCGCUGCCUCGAAAGCACUGGCUGUACAUGCAGGCGAAGCGCCUCGAAGAAAUGGAUGCUCUCACAGCUCCUGCCUCUUUGCGGGCUCGCGAGUCUCGCCUGUCUCCUCCCUCGCCAAGAGGCGCGGAGGGCCUUGCCGAAGAGAGCGAAGACGGAGGGAGAGAGUGUUCGAUCUUUGCCGAGGACGGCGGAGACGUUGAGCAGCACAUUCGAGCGUGGCGAAGACGGAAAGGCCUCCCCGAGGACGCCGAAGAGGAAAGCAACAAGGAGCGACGGCGCCGACUGCGAGAGGAGAAGCGGCGAGAUAUGAAGAGGAAAGUGCGAUGGGAAUUGCAGUCGCCUUCCGCUUCAACUCCUGCCGCGAACGGCCUCAGCAGCCUAGGUGGGGCGUCGACUCCGGAAGGUCCCGCCUUCGAAGCCUUGGCUUCUUCUCACGCCGCCAGCUGCAACCAUGUGCUUCAGCUGGAGGAUUUCGCGCGUGCAUCGACUCCCAGUUCGUCGGCUUCGCCCUCGCUGGAUCCGUCGUGUCCUUGCCCAUCGUCGUCGACUGGCUCCUCUGCGGAGAACACCCUGUGCUUCACCUGGGACUGGCAGGAGGGGCAAGCGGCCUCUGGCGAGAAGACAGAGACAGGACAAGAUCCCGCGCGCGAGAGCGCUCCAAGAGGACGGCGAGGCCGGAGAGAAAGGAGGGCGGAGAUCCUCGCGAACCGGCAAGCAGCCUCCUUGGGCGCUCCCCCGCACUGGCUAGCCAAAAACAAGGUCGAGCCUCACCGCUUCAUGCAGCAACUCGCCUUGACGGAGUGUGCCGAGCCUCGGCCCUCCCCGGAGUGCAUGCAGUCGCGCUCAUCGGGCCUGGAACCCAUCCAGGAGGGCCGCCGCAGUGGAGGCGCCGGAGACGAAGACCACGGCGAAGAGGGGAGCUCGUGGAUUCCCAGUGUCCUCUCCACUGACGCGCCGAAGCGGGUCAGGCAAAUGAUCGACAGGACGGCGGACCGGUCGGAGAGUGGAGACGCGAACACGGAGACCAUAAUCGGAGAAAGCCACACAUCUGAGGCGACGCCCGAGGCCUUUGCCGAGCCGGUGGUGGAGUCCAACCUCCACGGCAAGCCUGCCUGUCCUUCUCCUUCCUCUACCUCCUCUCCUUCUGGGUUUCCUGUUUCUCCCGAUCUUCCGCCCGCGAAAACGGAGCCUGAGAGCAGCCUCAUUACUGUCGCCUCCAGGCCUGCUUCCGUGGCCUCUCUCCCUGCGGCGCUCGGCUCACGUUCAGACCGUGCGGCGUCCUCGCCGGAACGUUUUUCCGAGGGUCUUUUGGACUCUGGCGCGAGUCUGGUGAGACAUCUGAAGCGGCGCGCGUUGCAAUACGAGGCGACGGGCGUGGAUCCUUCGCUGCUGGACGCCUGGUCGUCCGCUGUGGGAUACUUCCCUGGGAUCGAGCGUCACCAGAGAGCGCAGGAGAUGCGCGCGCUGGCGAAGAUGACCUUUCAGAGCCUCCUGGACUCUGGUCGGGGCUCUGUGAAGAACUUCAAUGCCUUGAUCAAGGCGAAAAUCUUCUUCGAUGACAUGGAGUCUGCCCUCGAAAUCCUCGAGAAGAUGACUCGCCACAGCUUCCCGCCCGACGAAGAGUCCUUUGUCCAUUUAAUUGGCGGCGCAGCUCGCAAGGGCGACAGCGCCAGAGCCCGCAUGCUCUUUCUCAAAAUGCGCUCCACCCUGUCCUCGCCGCCUUCUGCGCGCGUCUACGCCGCACUCAUUCAAGCGCACGUGGCCGCCGGAGACUUGGCCUCAGCCUUCGCUCUCCUCAGGAAGAUGGAAGACGAGCACAUCCCUGCAGACUGCGUCGUGUACACCGUCUUGAUCGACGGCCUUGUGCGCGCCAAGAAGGUCCGGAAAGCCUGGAGAACGUUUUGGAACAUGAGGACGUGGAAAGGCCUCGAACCCGACGAGGUGCUCUUCACCGUGAUGAUCAAGGCUUGUGCGGUCAGAGGCGAAGCGGAACGCGCCAUCAACCUCCUCGACGACUUACGCGCGUCGGGCCUCCACCCCACAGACGUCACCUACUCCGAACUCAUGCACGCUUGCUGCGACCGCAAAGACUUCGCCUCCAAGUGCUUCCACUUCUACCACCAAAUGCUUGCCGAAGAUAUGCCUAUCACCGUGCCCGUCUACACCUUUCUCCUCAGGGCGUGCGCCGCUCAAGGGAAUGUGAAGCGAGCGAAGGAUGUGGUGCGUCAGAUGAUUCGGGAAAAUGUGCCUUUUUCGCCGUACCUUUACACCCUGGUGAUUCGCGUCUUCGCCUCGGCGAUGCGCCUCCCGCGGGUAAGCGAUGCGGAGCGAAUCGCCAACCUUCGUUACGCCUGGCAUCUCGUCCAGGACAUGCGGAUGAAAGGCGUCGAGAUUGAGACAAAGACGCUCAACGCCCUUCUUGAGGUCUACAUCGCUGGCGGUUUUUCGCAGUAUGCCGUCGACAUGCUCAAACAGUACCAUGUGCUCGGGUGUGAACCCGACAUUUACACCUACAAGGCUCUCCUCACGAUGUUCGCCAAAGAUCUGAAAGAUGUCGGUCGGUUCUUUGCUUUGUGGGACUUCAUGAGGCGCCACACGUCCCUGUCCCCGCCGCCUGCACUUUUGCACUUGGCCCUAAGCACGGCUAUGGACUCCCAGUCGGCGAGUCGCACAGUCAAAGUUCUUCAAGAGAUGUACGCCCUGAAAGUCUUUCCCACUCCGCAGCUGACCGACAGGCUGGCUCGAGUCGGGCGCGAGAUCACAGCUAUCCACGAGAUGAUUGGUCUCUUUGUGAAGCUUCAGAAACAGGACGUGUUUGACAGAAACCGCAAGGAGCAACAGUUGCUGCAGACUCAGAUUGACGAGCACGAACUGAAAGUCUUUGCCGAGCGGGGUGUACCCCUCAAGGGCGACAGAACGCCUGAACAGGAAGUCCGGAAAGACUUCUUCGACAAGCAAGAUAAACUGAAAAAGGCGAAAUACGGCGGAAAUCGACGGCCGUGGAUGCCCCUGGGCGAUUUCCUUCAAUCCAAGCAAAAGGGAGGAGAAGCGUACGCGAAAAGGCAUGAUCGACCGCGGCCUCCGCCUGAAGUCGAAGGCUAA